GUUUAAAAGUUUUAGAGAUUAUUAAUUACUGAAAUGUUUAUUUAGUAUCAAAGUUAAUUAUUAAAUAUACCGAAAAAUGGCUAAAACUCUUAUUCGAUUGAAUUCGAAUACCAUUAUAUUUCUUUCAAAUUUUCAUUUCAAUUUUGUAAGAUCUUAUACUUCAACUUUACCAAAAAUUAAAGAAAAACAAACUUCUGCCGAAUAUUGUUUAGAAUCUGUAAGACGUUAUGACAAAGAAAAUUAUUUAUGCACAUUGUUACUGGAUAAUUCAUUGAGAAAUUGCUCUUUAGCUGUUAGAGCAUUUAACAUAGAAGUAGCUCGUAUCCAAGAUCUUGUAUCAGAGCCAAAAAUAGGAUUAAUGCGAUUUCAAUUUUGGGAUGAUGCAAUUACAGCGCUUUUUGAUAAAAAUGGCACUAAGAAAAUACCGAAUCAUCCUGUGAUGAACGAACUACGUAAAAUUACUCAACGACAUAAAUUAAGUAAAAGAUAUUUUCAAAGACUAAUAACAAGUCGACGAAAUCAACUAACUUCGCCGGUAUUUUCGUCAUUGGAAAAUUUAGAAACAUAUAUGGAAAAUGGGGUAUCAAGUAUAUACUACUUAUUGUUAGAGAGUAAUGACAUUCAAAAUAUUCAUGCCGAUCAUGUAGCGUCACAUUUAGGGAAAGCUCAAGGUUUAGCCAAUAAUUUAAGGUCGAUACAACAUGGAGCUGAGCAAGGUCAAAUAUUUAUUCCUCGCGAUUUAUUAAUGCAUUAUAAUAUAAGUGAAGAACAGAUUUUACGAAAAAGAAUAUCGAAACAAUUAAAAGAUGCUGUAUUUGACAUUGCAACUAAAGCGAAUCAACAUUUAGAAAAGGCUCGAUCAUUAAAAGAAAACUUGCCACCUGGAGCAACACCAAUAUUUUUACCUGGCAUUGCAGUAGAUUUGUAUCUAAAACAAUUACGACAACAUGAUUUUGAUGUAUUCUCAGCAAAUUUAAGAAAAUCUAAUCCAAUUUUACCAUUUAUAUUGUGGUGGAAUUUAAAACGUUCAAAAUAUUAAUUUUUAAGUAAAUAAAAUAG